AUGGCUUACUUAAUUUAUCAUUAAGACAUUUUAAGGUUAUUGAAGGAUAACAUUCCUGCUGCUAGCAAAUUUUGUUUCAACUCUUAAUCUCCAUCAACCUGCCAGGAGCAACAGUGUAGAUUCAAGUGGACUGGUCCAAACAUCACAUGAAAGCCAGAAACAACAGGUGCAUAUGGUGCUAGGCAGAGUAAUACCACUAGCAAUGCCUAACUUCCUGGAACAAGAGAGUCUGUGUGACCAGUGCCAGUUAUCCAGCAGUAAGCACCAUCAGUAGUAUAACGCCUGCUGCCAGCAGCCAGUCACCCAAAGCUUAAGGAGAACUGUGGGGAGAGUUGCACCCAAAACUUCUCUCCCACUCAGAAGGUAGAGAAAGGAUGCUACUGAUGUUUCUGGAAGAGGAGAAGAAAUAUAAGCAUUGGAAAUUGUUUUCCAGCAUAGAACAACUAUUUAAUCUUCCCUAGUUUUGUGUUCCAAGAGAUGUGGUUUUAGCAUGUAUGAUACUACAAAUGCAUACGAUGAUGAUGAUGACAUCCCUACUCAGUAUGUCAUACAACAAAGUUUGCAGGACAUGCAUAAGAGUGAGACAGAGGCCUCAGCAAAAAAUGAGAGCUUUAAUUUUGCUACAAGUACAAAUCACAGUAUGAUCAUCACUGCUAUUCAGACAGGUGAAGAAGAGGCUUUGCUCAAGCUGAUGAAGAAUGGCUCUGCUUUCGAGGAAGUAGAUCAGCAAGGCUGCCUUCCUUUGCAUGAAGCUGCAACGCAACCAAACAAGAAUAUUCUAGAAAUAACUCUGAAAGCUUCACACCCCGUUGUGUGGCAACAGACAAACCUAAAAGGAGAAACUCCUCUAUUUCUAGCAGUGGACAAAUGUCUUGUGAACAAUGUAAAUUUUCUCCUCCUCAACGGUUUUAAUCCUGAUAUAACCAACGAAGAAGGAGAUUCUGCUUUAAUUAUUGCAAUCAAACAUGGCUCGUAUGAAAUUGCUUCCUUGCUGAUACAGUUUGGUGCCAAUGUCAAUCUACAGUGUGUCAACAAGAGGACAGCUUUACAUGAGGCAGCCAGGCUAGGCUUCAAAAACAUGGUGGACCUUCUGCUUUGGUCUAAAGCAGAUCCAGAUCCACAGAGUGCAUAUGGGCUCACCCCUCUAGCACUGGCAGCACAGAACGGGCACACAGAAAUUCUGGAACUCUUACUGCGUAAAGGUGCCAAUGUUCUUUCCCAGGCAUCUGAUUGUGCAUCUAUAUUAUUUGAAGCUGCUGGAGGAGGAAAACCCAAUGCUGUCUCACUUCUGCUAGAGUGUGGAGCUGAUGCCAAUGUACCAAAGCAUUCAGGGCACCUGCCUAUCCACAGAGCUGCUUAUAGAGGACACUUCUUAGUUUUACAGAUCUUGGUUCCAGUGACAGACAGCACUGCCAUAAAGGAGAGUGGGAUCAGUCCAGUUCACUCUGCAGCAGCAGGAGGACAUCCUCAGUGCCUUCAAUUCCUUCUCAAAUCUGGAUUUGAUCCCAAUUUUAUGUUGCAUCAGAGAAUUCGCAAAGGCUAUGAUGACGAGAGGAAGUCAGCCUUGUAUUUUGCUGUCUCUAACGGGGAUAUUAACUCAGCCCAGUUGCUCCUAGAAGCUGGAGCCUUACCAAACCAAGAUCCAGUUAACUGUCUCCAGGUGGCCUUAAGAAUUGGCAACUAUGAGCUUAUCAGUCUCCUGCUUCGCCAUGGGGCCAAUGUGAACUACUUCUGUCGGGUUAACACAACACAUUUCCCAUCAGCUCUGCAGUAUACUUUGAAAGAUGAAGUCAUGUUAAGGAUGUUGCUGAAUUAUGGGUACAACGUUUAUCUCUGCUUUGAUUGUCCUCAUGGGGACAAUGUGCAUUCCCAGUACAUAUUUGAAGCGUGGACCUCAACAGUUAUCAGAGACACAAUGUUCUGUGAAGUGAUAACACUAUCGUGGUUAAGGCACCUGUCUGGGAAAGUGGUGCGUGUAAUGCUAGACUAUGUUGAUCAUAUCAGUAUCUGCGCCAAGCUUCAAGCUGUUCUUCAAGAACAGAAACUAUGGCCAGAAAUCAAUGAAAUUUUGAGAAACACCCGCUCUUUGAAGCAUCUUUGCCGUCUGAAAAUCCGGAAGUGCUUAGGACGCUUGCGUCUACGUUGCCCUGUCUUCCUUACAUUUCUACCAUUACCAAAUCGUCUGAAAGACUAUAUUCUCUAUAAGGAAUAUGAUUUCUACGCACAAGGAAAUCUGGAAGGCAUUUACUAAUUUAGGUUAUAUGGUUAUGGAUGGAAAGAAUUCACACUGCAGCCUUUCCCAACCUUUUGGGUUGCCAGAUGCUGCUGAACUACAAUUCCCAUCAGCCCCAGCCAGCAUGGCCAGUGGUCAGGAAUGAUGGGAAUUGUAGUCCAGCAACAUCUGGGGACCCAAAGGUUGGGAAAGACCUAGUGGAAGAGGACAAGAGGGAAUUUUUGCCAGUUCCCUCUUCAUCCUGCAGCUGCCCCAGUACUUUCCAUGCUAUGUUGGAAAAGAUUUGGGGGUGGGGGGAAUCAGCAAAAAUUCUCUGCAUCAGAAAACUUUCCUUGAACAUAAGGGCAGAACUGGAUUCAACCCAUGUAAUUUUUUGGGUAAAAUUCUACAAUUUAAUAUGGACAACACAGAUAGUUUUUAGGCAAUAUAAAAAACGCAAUCUGCAUUUAUUUCUUCUUGAUGAAACAAAGUGCACUGGGGAGAAGAGAUAAUGCGGGAGUAUGUUUUUAAACCACAGGAAAGCAUGCAAACUGUAGGUGCUGUUUAUCUGAAAUGUGACAUGAGAAGACAUAAGAUGUGGCAUAAGAUCCAUAAAGUGUUUUGUAGCAGUGUAGGCAGGGUCUUCAGGAAGUGUACAUAGCAUGCUGCUGCUUUCUAGCACAAUAUACAGUUGUUCGCUAUUAAAGGAAGAGGAAAACAGAAACUUUCAACCUGUCCUCCCUGUAGGUAAUCAAUCAAAAUAUUCACUGUUGUGUUCUCUUUCUGAAUUAAAAUUCAGAACUAAAUAUAUCAGUUAAAAUAUUGACAAAAGAUUUCUCACAAGUUAUACACUAAGACACUUAGGUGCAAAUUCCCAAUAGUUCCCUCUGUAUGUCACCUACUGGAGAAAUAACAGCAGCCCUCCAGGAUCCGACUGAAAGGCUCUCCUGAGCCGGCAUUCUGUUCCCACAGUUGCCAAUCAGAUACCUUUGGGAAACCCACAAACACAACAGGAGUGGCAUGAACUGCACGUGCAUAUCUGCAUUGCGUUCAGUUGCAUAGGCCCAUGCACCUACUGGUGCAAAUAAAAGCCCAACAACAAUGGUUAAAGAAGCAACCAUAGCUCAGUUGAAAAGCAUAUACCUUGCAUACGUAAAGGUCCCUGAUGUUCAACCCCUGAUAUCUCUAGCUGAAAAAAUCUCAGGUAGCAAGUGAUGGAGAAGACCGCUAUGUGACACUGACACCCUAAAGAACCACUACCAGUCAGAGUAGACAGUAUUGUGCUAGAUGGCUAGUCUGACCUGGUGUGAUGCACAUUCCUAUAUUUCUAAUAACCUAAAACAUGUAAUUUAGUAUUGUUCAGGUUAUGUUUUAAAGUACUCAUUUAAUUUGAAAGAUUGAUUAAACUGAAGAUGUUAAUCAUACCAACCCUCAAAAUAACUCUGUUACUUAAAUGUGACAAGGAGAAUAUGCAGGGUUGCAAGGAAGCAAAGAGUGUGUGAUCCCAUCUGUCAUGGCCCCAUCAGAGGACUCCUCAGAUGAGGACGACUCGGGAGUAACAGCAGCAGACCCAGGAGCAGCAGGAGACACGGAGGAGCCUCCUGAGAAUGCAGCUCCUUCUGCCCCUCAGCUGCAGAGCACCCCAGGGACAGCAGAGGCCCUGCAGCCAGACACAGAUAGUGAACAGGAUACUCCCCCCUCACCUGCAGAACAUAGACAGCAGAAGGUCAGGCAGAAGAGAGGCAGGCCUGUCUCCUUAAGGCCCAAACGCUGAGGGCUCACACCUGCUGUCCAUCCUGCUCUUUAUAAGGCACACCUUGGCUGCAGCUUGUUGCUGACUGCAAUGUCAGGCGUGGCUUUGUGUAGACCUAGUUUCCCUGCAGCAUCUCUUUGACUGACCUCCUUGGCAAUUGAUCCCGGACCUCCACUGACCUCGCUUCUGGACUUCUGACUCGGCAAGCACACUUCGGAUAGGCCUGGCAGAUUUACAACCCGACUGCUGGCUAAGGACUUUCCUUCCCUGCCAAAGACCCAGGAAUUUCCAGCCCCCCCUGGCACUGCUGAUGCAGUGUAGAGCUGACACCAUCCAAAGUAGGCCACUCUUUGUUCAACUGGACAGAGGAACCGCCCACUAACGGCAUCUCAAUCUUGUCUGGAUUAUAUGACAAUAUAGCAGCCUGCAAGGUGCCAUGACACAGGUUAAACUUGUCUUAUUAAUGAAAAAAACUAUUGUAAAUGAAUAUACACAUGCCAUUACUUCAGGCCUCAUCUACAUUAAACAACUUUUCCCACCAUAGACACACUGUGUAAGGACAGAGAGAGAGAGAGAGAGAGAGAGAGAGAGAAUUUAGAAUAUAGUUCAGAAAGCAAGAGCUAAGAAUAGUAUACAUACUAAGAUUAGACAAUAUUCAGCAGAAAAAGCAAUAAUGCUAGGAAAAACAGAAGGGAGUAGAAAAAGAAGAAGACAAAGAGGUGGAUUGAUUCCAUAAAGGAAGCCCCAGACCUGAACUUACAAGAUCUGAACAGGGUGGUUCAUGACAGAUGCUAUUGGAGGUCGCUGAUUCACAGGGUCGCCAUAAGCCGUAAUUGACUUGAAGGCGCAUAACAAGAUUAGUGUUCCAAGAUGUGAAGGAGGUAUACUCAACUAAAUUUCCAGUCUCCCCUGACAUACCCAAGCUUAACCACUUUAGAAUGACCACCACACUAACACCCAACAGGAAUUUUGCAUGCUCAAACAUAUCAAGGCCUGCAAAAUACUAUGUAGAAUGCACAUAGCUGACAUUAAAUACUUGAUAAUAUAUGGCACAGAGAGAGAGUGUGUGAACACACUCACAUGUAUGCAUCUCUAACAAUCCAUAGCAGACUGACAUAAGUACAACAAAACCACUGUGGUACACACAAGACAAGCAUAGUGUAUAUCUGUAUAGAAGAGAGGUUACAAACAAUACACGCAUGAAACAAAGGGGGUGAUUGUGUAGAGGAUUUUGGAUGUGGAUAUAUAAAUAGGAAAUGGAAGCCACAAUGACUGUUCCUCAGAGAGGAAUAACCUUGCUUAGCCAAAGACCCAGGAAGAGAGAACAUAUAUAAGCAGAUUGAAGCAAUGAAGGAUUGAGGCAGAGGAAACAGAGGAAACAUGGGGCAACUUUAGUACAGUUAAGAACUAGAAUUCCCACCUCGCAGAUAAUACAAGUGCAAGAUUUAUCCAAUGUGCAUACUGAAAUCCCUCCCCUUCCUCUAUUGACUCCUUUGUGUAUUUUUAAUUAUAGGCCCCUUGGGGUCCUCUCAUUCUUUGUAAAGUACAUGUAAAAGAGACAGAUCAAUAAUCUCAGUCUUAUAUUAGCAGGGACAUGGCUUCAGUUUCUCUAAUCAACUCCAACCACAUUUCAAAAACAAAACAGAUGUAUAUUAACUGUUAAGCUACUCUUCUUCAUUUUAUUGCAAAUAAAUAGAGAUAUUAUUCCGUUAAUUUUUUUUAUUAAGAACAAUAAAUGAUCUCUGACUAUAUUAAAUAUAUGGAUAAGAUUCCUGAAUGACUAACAGACUCAAAAUACAUUUGAAAAAUUUCAGGAGCUUUUGAAUAGACAAUGACCUUUUAGGGAGCAAUUGCAAACAAAAUAUAGUUUACAUAAUCAUUACAGAAAACCAUCCUCUAAAAUUAACUGAACUUUGCUGAGGUCCUUCCCAAAGUUUUAUUAGCAUCUAGCUUUCAGUCUGCCCGUUGACAAUACCAAGUUGACAAUCACUGGAUUUUAUUAAAACAAAUAUUCAGGGAAACUGUAUUAGAUUCUUAAAACAUUGAAAAAAAUCACAAUCACUAGAACAGGACCAAACCAUUACAUUACUGUAAGAAUUUGACCAAUCCACUACAUUAUAAAACUCACUCAAAAUGAUUACACAAGCAGUUUGCUUGCACAUAUACCUCAUUAUGGUACAUUGCUCCUUCAGAGUUGUAUGCUGGAUUAUUCUUUCUACCAGGCUAGAUCACAUGAUGAUCUUAGGUUAUUGAUUGCAAAUUAUAUAUUGCAAAGAGGGGGGCUCUUCAAUUCACACCAGGAGCUUCAAAGAAGAGAUGCCCAGAAAUAAUAAAAUUUUGUCUUCACCAUACUUGGGUGUGUGUUGGGAUUUCUUUUGUUUUUGUCAGAGAACACAAGUGAGAAUUCUGAUCUGAUUUUUUUUACAUCAGAUUGGCAUGCAAACAAUUAAAAGGAAUGCCUUUCAACUACAGUAUGUUAGGAAAGAGGGGAACAUGCAAAAACAUUUUUUCUCUUUGCCAUAUUUCUGGAUAAUACAGAAACGCACCUCUUAAGCAACUUCUUACUUCUCACCUUACUUCUUCCUUCAAUUUCGGCAUUAAAAAUCUGAAAUUCUACUUUACAAAAAUGUAAUAUAAAAGAUAUAAUCAAGCACUUUUUCUCAUCGUGGAGUUAAACUGUUCUGCUCCUUGACAGUCCAAUUCUCAGAAUAUUUACUCAGAACUAAGUCCCACUGAGUUCAAUUGGGCUUAUACUCGCCUAAUUUGACAAAAGGAAAAAUCUGUUUUUAUUUUAAAUAAACAAUGGAAAGUUUGUUUCAUGACAACACUGCUUUGUGCACUACAAUCUUCCUACAUGAAGAUAGUCUUUGUGUAGGAAAAUGCAUGUUUGUCAUACAGUGUCAAAUGAGGCACAGGUAAAUUUUGCACCAUGAACACAUCAACCAGAUGGCCAAAUUACAUUUUUCUACACAGAGGCAAUCUCCAAUAGCAAAACUAAUAUGGGAAAUAGAGUGAAUUUGCACACUCUGAUCACAUUGUUUUUUCUAGCUCUGGAAGUGUACAUAUUCAUAGCUUACAGAGACUUGCAUAUUCAUAGCUUACAGACUUAAUGAUAGAAACAUUCCCCUUAAUCAAUGCUUCUUUUGCACAUAGAUCGUAUGUGGAAAAAAGUGGCAGGUUUCAAUUCCACAAAGAGCAGUGAGCCCAUUGAAACCAAUAUUGGACUUUAACAGGAGGAGGAUAAAAAUGACUGGUUUUAUUAAUGACAAAAUUUGGUAUUAUAUAUAUUAUAAAACAGUGUAUUAGCACACAUUUAUACAUAGAUUGUAGCUGAUAAUUGCUGGAGGUUAACUUAAAACAUGAGAACAAAACAACUCGCCAGUCAGUUGGAGUGAACUGAUUAUUUACUUCUACGCAAAUUUAGGAUUCUCAGAGAGCACUGUUAAAUAUUACUCUAAGCACUCAAAAAACAGAUUUGCUAAUUGAGGUGCCCCAAAAUGUAAAGAUGUAAUUAAGGUUAGUAUUUCUUACAACUAUGAGAAAUAAGAACUAUGGCAUUUUAUCAAUCUUAUACUCAGGGAGGUGGAAGGCGACAGUGCUGCUCAAUGGGUACCUGCAGUCCAUUAGAUUUACUGAAGCCCUAUCCAUCUCCUUCAGGUAGCUUAGAUCAGCAACCCUCCCAUGAACCUGAAAAAGCUUCCUAAAACACACACACAGUAUAAGGAAACCUUUUAGAGUUCAAAAGGAACAUUCUUUCCACCCAUCAUCAGAGAGCUGCAGAGGGUUGGGGUAUUUCAAAAGGUCCUGAAUAUCAACUGGUACAUUUUCUUCCGCUGCAGUAAAAGUAAAUUCUCUUUUUGUGGGUUACUUUUCUCUUUAUCCCCAAAAGUAGGUGUUUCAGUAACUGAAGUGUUUAUGAGCAAUACUUGGGUGCAAAGUAAAAAUAUAGUUUAAAAAUCUGCUAGGAUGGAAACAAAUUUCCACAGAUUUUUCAAAUCUCAGGAAGAACAUUGGUUUCUUCUCUCAAAACGUUUCUAUCAAUUUCUAAAUAAAUUCUGUUGAUUGCUUUUAACGAAAAAUUUAGAUGAGACAGAUCACGUAAGAAACUCAACAGGCUAAAAUUGAUGUCUUUAUGAUUUCCACUCACAUUGUGCAGAAAAUAAAGGAUAUUACUAUUUUAAAUCAG